AUGAAACUAUCGUUGUUGAGCUGGAGCGUAUCAGAUAAUAAUGUUAUUAAGUCUACUGCAUCAACUAUGUUGACCAAAUUUGAGAAGUAUUGGAAUGUAAUACAUAAUGUUAUGAGUGUAGCAAUUGUCUUAGACCCUAGGUAUAAGUUAAAGUUGAUCAAUUAUUUCUUUCCAAAGUUAUAUGGGAAUGAAGCAAGAAGUGAGAUUAUGCAAGUACGCAACGUAAUUACUAAGUUAUUUGAAGAGUAUAAAAAGAAACAUAAUGCAAAACAAGGAGCUUCUUGGAAACGACAAUGUGAAACAAACGUAUUUGAGGGAAGGGGUUCUACUUUAAGCAAAUCAACAUGGGAGUUGGAUUUCGAGAAUAUGCUUUCUGAGGAUGAUGGAUUGGAAAAAACUGAGUUGGAUGAUUAUUUAGCUGAGAAGUUGUUACCGAAUGGGGAGGGCUUUGACAUAUUAAUGUGGUGGAAGUGUAAUGGUUCUAAGUUUCCAAUAUUACAGAAGUUUGCUAGAGAUAUCUUAGUCAUUCCAAUUUCUUCAGUUGCUUCGGAAUCAUCUUUUAGCAUGAGCGGGAAUAAAGUGACAAAACAACGUAACCGACUCAAAGCGGAAACAGUUGGGGCGUUAAUGUGUAGCCAAAGUUGGUUACGAAAAGAACUUCAAGCACGGGGAUGGGUCGGGGAUGGGCCGGGGAUAAGCCCAAAAUCUAAAGGGGAGGGGAUUAAAUUCCCCGCCUCCGUUGGGGAUGGGGAUGGGGAUGGUAAACCCGCCCCAUCCCCACCCCAUUGCCAUCCCUAG